GGAACAUGCGUUUUAUCACGUUCUAGCAAAAUUUGUUCCUCACUUCUCUAGCAAUCGGUGACUUUUCAAGUUGUGUGGAAAACGGUAACCUACCUUACUGUGAGUGAAAAAUCGUUCAAUUUGCUUCAUAAAUCCGUGUACCGUGCAUCAUUUCGAUCCCAUAUUUCGUUUCGCUACUGGUGUGGACGACAUUUCCAGACGUACGUAGAGUGCAAAUUCCUAGUGCUGCUGGAAAUUCAUAUUACACAGCUGCUGCAGCAGUAGAGUUUCAUCCGUAGCAGGCAUAAAGCCCCCCUCUCGUACAUUCAUCGGCCUCUCAUCCUGCUCAUAGCGGUGGAAGAAGUGUGAGCUUUUGGUUUCUGCCAUCUUCUGCCCCCGCCCAUACCUUUGAAAGUGCACUGUUGUUUCUAUUGAUUACCACCAGCAAGGAUCGCCUGGAGCGGCGCCUAUCGUUUUAUAUGACUUUAGAAAGCGUACAAGAAACACCAGCACUCAAAGAGGCACCGCUAUCUCCCAUAUUAAGGAGUUUCAGUGGUACGACGUGCAUGAUUUCGCAUAGAAGCAGCAAAAGUCAUAGGACUUCAAAAUAUUCUAGCAAUAGACACCGGAAAUUACAGCCGUUCAGGGAAACGUGAAAACUGUACCCCCAACUACUAGGCAUCUCUGUAAAUUUUUAAUUUAAAAACUCGUGUUAUAAGAAGCAUCCAUUUGUACUAUUCUUGCGCCCAAACAAACAGUGGAACGGAACACCGCUCUGUACCACCGCUUCGAGUCAAUCGCGUAUGCUAGAAGCAGCGUUUUGCCGAAACUGGAAGGACAGUUUUCCGCGGAAGAAAGAUUGGUGGUGGUGUGUGUUUAUGAGAGAAGGAGAGAAGGCAGGAAAAGCGUGUCGAUCAGUAAACCCCCACCUGGAGAAUAACACAAAUAGUUCGCACUAGUUCCGAACCAAACCACAGACCACAUUUGGUAAAGGAUCCUCGCGCGUUUUGAAAAGGGCUGUUUGAAACGGCUGUUCUACAGAACGAAAUCAUCAAUUUCCAACACCUGACACCGCCAGCACACCAUCAUCCUACAAAUGCUUUUGCUAGCAACAUCCUCCAGCAAACGAUUGGAAAACGACGCCGCAUUUGACGCCAACACCGCUCUGCAGCUCCGAACCCGCCCGAUCUGUAACGAUCGUCGCGUGCGCGAACAGAUGAAUUUGGUCAGCCUGGAGCAGCAGCAGUGCCGUUGGUUUCGUUAAAAGCUCAUAAUUUUCUCCUCCAACGAUCACCUGUGACCUCCCCAACACAUACACAAACCCUUGCGUAUGUCGCGCUUGCCAUCGAGCCGCAAGGGGACGCAAUUGCUUGCAUGAAGUAAAACGCUGAACACACUGCGAAGGCGCGCUGUGUAGCGAGAAGCUGCUAGCUGGACUGGGGUCGUGGCGCCGAAGUUACGGUCCAGCCGAGAGCCCAUCACUGGGAAAGCCUUUCCUUUUGCUUCGCGCCUGUUCACUUGCGCUCUGGAGCUAAGAUUGUGGUUUAGUUGCGCCUGAUCGUUUCAUAGAAUCGCGCGUGAAGAGUUUCGUCGUCAAGUCGCGUCUCCCAUUUCGCAAAAAUGGCUACCGUCAACGUGAAUCGCAAUGUGACCGAUAUCUUCUACCGGUACAAGAUGCCUCGCAUCAAUGCGAAGGUAGAGGGUAAAGGCAACGGCAUUAAAACGGUAAUCGUGAACAUGGCGGAGGUGGCGCGAGCGAUCGGUCGUCCUGCAACCUACCCGACGAAGUAUUUCGGUUGCGAGCUAGGAGCCCAAACUCAAUUCGAUCAUAAGAACGAGCGUUUCAUUGUGAAUGGAUCGCACGAUGCCACCAAGCUGCAGGAUCUGCUCGACGGCUUCAUCCGCAAGUUCGUCCUGUGCCCGGAGUGCGACAACCCGGAGACGGAUCUGAUUGUAUCGUCCAAGAAGGGUACGAUCUCGCAGGGCUGCAAGGCGUGCGGUUUUCACGGUCCGCUCGAGGUGAACCACAAGGUGAACACGUUCAUCAUCAAAAAUCCACCGAACGUGAACCCGGCCAGCCAGGGAGCGUCGCUGACCGAGGGUAAGCGUAGCAAGCGCACCAAGAAGGGCGAGAACGGAGACGACUCGACGGUUGGGCUGAACACCACCAACGGCGGUACCACGGAGAACGGUGCCGAAGCGAACGGUGGUGACGAGUCACCGAACGGUUCGAUCGCUGGCAAUGCGGGCGACCAGAACGGUGAGGAUGAUGUGAGCUGGACGGUGGACACGUCGGAGGAAGCGGUACGGGCCCGUAUGCAGGAUCUGACCGACGGCGCGAAGAACAUGACGGUGUCGGACGAUUUCGACAAAUCGGAAAAGGAGCGCAUCAACAUCUUCUACGAGCUGGUGAAGCGGAAGCGUGACGCUAACGAGCUGGACAACGUGCAGGUGCACAAGGAGCUCGUGACCGAGGCGAGCCGGCUCGAUAUCCAGUCGAAGGCAACGCUCGUCCUGGUGGAGCUGCUGUUCACCGCCAACAUCAUCCAGGAGGCCCGCAAGUACCGUAACCUGCUGCUCCGUUUCACCCACGAGGACAAGAAGGCGCAGAAGUACUUUAUCGGUGGGCUGGAGCUUACGAUUGCGAUGCACGCCGAGAAGCUGAUGGACAAGGUGCCGGGCAUACUGAAGCUGCUCUACGAUAGCGACGUGCUGGACGAGAAGGUGAUACUGGACUGGUCGCAGAAGGUGAGCAAGAAGUACGUGUCGAAGGAGGUCGCCGCACAGAUCCACGAGCGCGCCAAACCCUUCGUCCAGUGGCUGCAGGAGGCGGAGGAGGAAGAGUCAUCCGAGGAGGACGACGAUUCGGAGGUCGAGAUCGAGUACGACGACCGUGCCAAGGUGGACUCGCUGCGCAAGGAGCCGGCCAAACCGGACCCGAAGAAGCUGGCCAAGGCAUCGCUCGAGGAGGAUGACGAGGAUGGCGAAGAUCUGAACAUCGACGAUAUCUAAGCUUCCUUUCUUCGGGCGCGCGCUUUGUGUGUGUGUGUGUGAGAGAGUGUUUCGUGCGCGAUAUCCUUUUGACGACAGUUUUGCUAGACACGCUUUUCUCUCUCUCUUGCUGGGUUUAAAUACGGUUUUCUUUUCACUCGCUUUUGUCGAUAUGAAAUCGCUAUUACGAUUUGUUGUUUUUUUCUUCUAAUUAUGCCUUUUGCUUUCUACUUGGUUUUAAAUUAUCAUGGGGUGGUAGCCGUUGUUUUUUCCCCGGGCUCAAUUCGUGUUUAUGUUUUCUUGUUUGCUUAAAUCCUAAUCGGGGAAUCCAUUCCUAAUACACGUAUCGCUGUAAGCCCAUUUUAUGUCGUUUAUGUGAACAGGCGAAUCACAAGCACUGCUACGUCAUGCAACUCUCCUGUAUCUCAUAAUCUUUCCUAUGUUAGAGCGCAAUAAAAGCAUAUGAAAAAAAAGAUCUCCUU